AUGGCCAGCACCGAGCAUAGCAACGGCUCAAAUGCCGAUGUGGACUCUCUGCGACUCCCCACGGGGCUCGCGUCGACGGCAGGUCCCCCAUCGCCCGAUCUGGGACCCGAAUCCGACGAUCAGACGCCUACAGGGCUCGUCCCCGAACCGACAACGCUGGUUUCGGCCAAGCCCACCCAGCACGGAAAAUCGUCUCCUAGCCAGCCGGGGAAGGAGGCCUCCGAAGCCCGUACCAUCGGUUUGAUGGGACAAUCCACACGCUCGUCGAGCCGUGCGCCCAGGAGGUUCAGUGGGAGCACUGCUGCCAGCACCGCCGCAAGCUCCAUCAGCGAGAUGGAAUCGAGCUCCCUCAAGCCGUGGCGGAUCGGUGUCUGUGCCUUGGAUGUGAAAGCACGCAGCAAGCCGAGUCAGAAUAUCCUGACUCGGCUGCAAUCCAGAGGCGACUUCGAGGUGAUUGUCUUCGGAGACAAGGUGAUCCUUGAUGAAGCAGUGGAAAAUUGGCCGGUGUGUGACUUCUUAGUCGCGUUCUUCUCGGAUGGAUUCCCGUUGGACAAGGCUAUUGCGUAUGCCAAGCUUCGGAAGCCUCUUUGUGUCAAUGACCUACCCAUGCAGAAGGUUCUGUGGGACAGACGACUCUGUCUGAUGAUCCUUGAUCACAUGGGCGUUCCCACCCCGAAGCGCAUCGAGGUCAACCGCGAUGGUGGUCCCGUGCUAGAGUCACCAGAACUGGGUCAGCACAUUUACCAAUUGACUGGUGUGAAACUCGAAGGCCCCGAGAGCGGAAUCGGUGGCGGUGCCCCUCGAACCCAGAAUGUCUCCAUGUCGGAAGACGGAGAGGCUCUGAUCGUCGAUGGAAAGGUGUUCAAAAAGCCCUUUGUGGAAAAGCCCGUCAAUGGCGAGGACCACAAUAUCCACAUUUACUUCCCCAAUGAUCAACAGUAUGGCGGAGGCGGAAGACGCCUGUUUCGAAAGGUGGGCAACAAAAGCUCUGAGUAUGAUCCCACACUUUCAGUUCCGAGGUCCGUGACGGAGAAAGAUACCAGUUACCUGUAUGAACAAUUCCUCCGUGUUGACAAUGCCGAGGAUGUGAAGGCGUAUACUGUUGGUCCCGAUUUCUGUCACGCGGAAACGCGCAAAUCACCCGUGGUGGACGGACUCGUUCGUCGCAAUACUCACGGCAAGGAAAUUCGAUACAUCACUAAACUCGGCAAAGAGGAGGCGGUGAUCGCCUCUAAAAUUUCCAAUGGAUUCGGCCAAAGAAUCUGUGGCUUCGACAUGCUCCGAGUCGGUGAUAAGAGCUACGUCAUUGAUGUCAACGGCUGGAGUUUUGUCAAGGACAACAACGACUAUUACGAUAAAUGUGCCAAUAUCCUCAGGGACAUCUUCCUAAGCGAAAGACGGAAAUGCGAAGGGGGACCUGAGCCUUCCGAGCCGCCAUCCCCUGACAUGGGCUCAUCCAGAAGGAGCACAGUGGGGUCCCACCGACAGGCCUUGAAGACACUGUUGAAGUCACCUAGCACAUCAAGGCUUUACGGUAGCCAGCCUCCCCACAAGGGCCACGAAAACCCUCCCUCUGAGGUUUCCACUGCCACUCCCUCGGUAGCUUCAUCUUCCGGGGUAGAGGCUCCCGAUGUCGGUGCUGCUCUCAGCAAGCUCAACUCUCGCGAAGGGCAUACGACUUCCAGGGGCUUUAGUCCCUCGAACUCGAAAUCCCCAGCUCUUUCAAUUCAGCACGCAAACGAAGAAGCCCUUCCACCUCUUCCUGCUUCCAAACACUCCUGGAAACUGAAGGGAAUGGUUGCGGUGAUUCGGCACGCCGACCGAACUCCGAAACAGAAGUUCAAGUUUACCUUCCAUAGUCAGCCAUUUGUGAAUCUUUUGAAGGGUCAUCAGGAAGAGAUAGUCAUCAAGGGAGCAGCUGCAUUGGCCAGUGUUUCCGAUGCUGUCAAGGUGGCUAUGGAUCAGGGCCUAGAGGAUAUGGAGAAGCUGAAAUUGCUUCGCACAUCGUUAGAGAAGAAGGGUGGCUGGCCUGGGACCAAGGUACAGAUCAAGCCCAUGUUCCGGAAACGAAAGCCAGAGGAAAUGAAAGAGCAGAGCACACCAGCCGAUGCUCCCCCAUUGCCUGAGGGCAAGGCUAGCGAGGAGCCCUUGUCGCCCGUGGAAGGAGAAACCCCGGAGAAUGAGGAAUUGCGCAGAUCACAAACACGGAGUGAUUCUAUUUCAGGCGCUACCUUUUCUCGGUUCUCCGCCGCCGAGAACGACUUGAUCCUGGACAAAUUGCAACUUGUGAUCAAGUGGGGUGGCGAGCCUACCCACGCUGCGCGUUACCAAUCCCAGGAUCUUGGAUCAAACAUGCGUGACGACCUGAAGCUGAUGAACCGGGAAGCGUUGAACAACGUUCGGCUAUUCACCAGCUCGGAGCGCAGAGUAAGCACUAGUGCACAAAUCUGGGCUUGCUCAUUUUUGGACCAGAAGGAUAUUCCCGGGGACUUGAUACAGGUUCGCAAGGACUUGCUCGACGACUCGAAUGCCGCCAAAGAUGUCAUGGACAAGGUCAAGAAGAAGCUGAAAUUGCUCUUGCGAGAAGGCUCGGCGCCAUCACAGUUUGCCUGGCCCAAGGAUGGUAACAUUCCAGAGCCCUCGGUUGUGCUUUCUACGCUGGUUCAGUUGAUGAAGUUCCACCGGAGUGUGAUGCAUCAUAACUUUGAGAAGCUUGAGGGUUCACCGCACGCUUCCCCUGUUCCAUCAAAUGAUCCUGAAAAUCCGGCUCAGGCAGCUCCGAGUGAUCCACAGUCGGACCAUCCAGAUAUCGACAACAUUCAAGGUCGCUGGUGUGCCGGUGAAGAUCCUCGCCUCUUCAAAGAGCGAUGGGAGAAGCUGUUCGCAGAGUUCUGUGACACCGAGAAGGUUGAUCCCAGCAAGUUCUCUGAACUUUAUGACAGCAUGAAGUUCGAUGCCCUCCACAACAGACAAUUUUUGGAGUGGGUCUUCAUGCCCCCAGACAUUGGGCGUGAUGACGAUGAUAAAGAGAGCAUCAAAGGCAAGUGUGCAACCAAAUCCGAUGGAAGUCCAGACGGCAAAUCUCAGGAGCCUGGAAGUGACAGGUCUGACGAGCCUCAUACGUUUGCGCAUCGGUUUGGAUUGAGGAAGCGUCUGCAGGCGCUUGAAUCCCUGCCGCACCUCCGGUCGCUCGAUGACUCCUAUGAUCAUUACUUCAAACUCUUUCCGGGCUCCAAUUCUUCCAAAUGUAAGAUGGACGAGAGACUUUCGAAACUUCGGGAACUGUUCAAGCUGGCCAAGGUCUUGUUUGACUACGUGACACCCCAGGAAUACGGUAUCACCGACAGUGAGAAGUUGGAAAUCGGACUUUUGACAUCGCUUCCGUUGCUUCAGGAGAUUGUUCGAGACUUGGAAGAGGUGCAAGCCUCACAGGAUGCCAAAUCUUUCUUCUACUUCACCAAGGAGUCCCACAUUUACACCCUUCUGAACUGUAUUCUGGAAGGUGGGAUUCAGACCAAGAUUGCCCGGAGUGCAAUCCCGGAGCUCGACUACCUGUCUCAAAUUUGCUUUGAACUAUACGAAGCCCGCGAUAGCGAGUCGGACUCUUAUUCCUACUCCAUUCGCAUCUCGGUCAGCCCGGGAUGCCACGCUUUCGACCCUCUCGAUGUGCAACUCGACUCCCGACACUCCAUCGGCUGCGCUCCUCGGCGAAGCCUGACGGCCCAUCAAGACUGGAAGGAGGUCAUUGAGACUCUCAAGGCGAAGUUCAAUACGGUGGAGCUGCCCAAAACAUUCAUUGCAGUGAACCUGAGUGAUAAACACAUCUCUCAUGAGGAGGGCUCGCCCCGUGGCAGUUCCCCUGUGUGA